UCUCACUCUUGGGAUUUUCUUUCCGCCGUCUUGUCUGUCUGUGAAAACGGCCCCUUCUUAUUUCGAGAGAGAAAUAGCUUAAGUCUACAAAACGCUCGCAAGGGUUUUAAAAUGCCAAUUACUUCUUCCGGUUCUACUUCUCAAAUUUAUCGCCCAGCUUUUGAAAUCUAUAGAGAUAACAAACCAAACAAGUGUGAAGACCAAGAUUGGGAUGGCGGCAUAGGUUCAUACCAACCACUACUACAUGAUGAUGAUGAUCCAGCGCCACCUCCUUAUAUUGUUGUCGUUCAAGGACCUCCCAAUGUUGGGAAGUCCCUGCUGAUUAAAUCUCUAGUCAAGCAUUAUACUGAGCAACAUAUGAUAGAUGAUAUCCAAGGCCCUAUAACCAUCAGAACAGGUCAAAAAAGAAGAAGGCUUCAGUUUGUGGAGUGUCCCGAUGAUAUCAAUGGCAUGAUGGAUGCUGCAAAGUAUGCCGAUAUUGUGUUGUUACUGGUCGAUGCGAGUUAUGGAUUUGAAGCGGAAACUUUUGAGUUUUUGAGCCUUCUAAGAGUGCAUGGCCUUCCCAAGGUUAUGGGUGUUCUUACACAUCUUGACCACUUCAAAGAUGAUAGAGAACUGACUGAAACCUUACAGCGUCUCCAGGGUCAUUUCCAGACUGAAAUAUGUGAAGGAGAAACAACAUUCCACUUAUCUGGUCUUAAUGAUUUUGAGUUGUACAGAACGUUGGAAGUACAAAAAUUGGCUGAAGCCAUAUCAAUGCUCAGAUUGCAUACCCCGUCAUGGCGAGCGGAACAUCCUUAUGUGCUGGUAGAUCGCUUUGAAGAUGUUACUCCUCCAGAAAAGCUGCACAAGGAUGCAAAUUGCAAGAGAAACAUAAGUCUAUAUGGUUAUCUUCGAGGUUGUAAUUUGAAAAGAGGAGGUAAGGUACAUCUUGCUGGUGUUGGUGAUUUUCGUUUAUAUGCUGUUAGAAGCACAGCUGAUCCUGUUCCUUUAUCUUCUGAGAUAGAAACAGAAAAUGGUUUUUUCGAGCCAGCUCACAAGAAGAAAAAGAGAUUGAAAACAGGGACCUAUCUAAGAUGGGAGGUUCAUAAUGUUCCUUUCGGAAUGGUUAAAAUUUUUGAUCCCUGUCAUCCUAUUCUUGUUGGAGGCAUGAGUCAUGAAGAGGAAAAUGUUGGUUAUAUGCAGGCGAGACUUAAGCGACAUGACUGGCAUAUGAAACUGUUGAAGUCAGAUGACCCAGUAACUGUGUCAGCUGGUUGGAGACGUUACCAGACAAUACCUAUCUUUGCCAUGCACCUCGAUAGUAAACAGCAUGAAAGUGCUAAGUACAUUCCCCAAUAUGGGCACUGUCUUGCGAUGUUUUGGGGGACCCCUUGCACCUCCCAGUACCAGAAUUGCUGUUGUGCAGGGAAGCGUUUCGGAUAACAGCAACGGCUGUCGUUCUUGACCCUAAGGAUCACUCAAAGAUAGUGAAGGAAUGCAAGCUGAAAGGGAAACCUCAUAAAAUCUGUGGGAGGAGAGCUCUUAUUAAGUUUACAUCAGAUACUGAUGUUGCUCAAGUUAUAGGUGCAUCUGUUAGGACUUGGACUGAAAUUCAGGGGAAAGUUAAAAAGGCGACAAAAGAAGAAGGGUUUGUGAGAUGCACAUUUAACAGGAAAAUUGAUAUUACUGAUAUUGUUAUCAUGCCGGUGUUUCGUGAAGUUGAGGCUCGUCGCAUCCACUACCCAUUGGCUGCGCUGGAACCGCAUGACUAUAUUGUUCCUGUUAACAAGGAUUCACUUGAAAAGACUAAAAAUGUGCGGAGGAAAACUGUGGUGGUUAUGUCCAAGGAGAAACGAGGAGCAUUAACAUUGAAAAGAAAGAGAGAGGAACGCGAGAAAGAACGAAAGAAGACAGAGAGGAUUCCAUGCAGGGUUACUUUUUAACUUUUGAGGAUAUAUAUUUUAUAGCCAGUUGGCCAGGCAUCUUAUGACAUUAAACAUAGAAAUCUAGCUCUGUUGAUCAGUGGAUGUUGUUUUGCUUUUUCCCUAAGCUGUUCAGCUUAUGAACUUGCCCAGUUGAGGCCAUGCAAGGCUCAUGAUUUGAAGGUUCUCGGGGAACUUGGUUAUAUAUAUAUGCCUCUCAAUUAUAAACCUAGCCCGGCCAAAAUGCCCCCUUUCAGUAAGUCCACCUUGAUUAAACGGACCAGUGCGGAGGCUUCAAUAAACACACAAACC